AUGAGUAGAUGUUGUAUAGUAUAUGGUUCAGAAACAGGCAAUACGGAGGUGGCCUCGUUUUCUACAUAUUUAUAUUUCCGAAGGAAUGGAGUUCCAGUUGAGAUUCACCUUGCUGACUUUGUCGCCCCCAAAUUUCUGUCAUCCUUUGAGUAUGUUCUGUUCUUUGUUCCAACCUGCGCAUUCGGUGAAUUCCCUCAUAACUUUGAGUCUUUCAUUAACUCGCUAAUCAAUAUAGAAGGCAAACUUGAUAGUGCUAAACGUAAUGUUAGGGAAAAUAAAGGUUACUUGGAGAAGUUGAAAUAUACAAUAUUUGGGCUUGGAGAUAGUAGAUACCCUUUGUAUAACUUUGCAGCUAGAAGACUUCAAUCUUUGUUAAAAUCUCUUGGUGCUGCUGAGUUCUUUCCAUUGGCUUUUGGAGACGAACAGCAUCCAUUGGGAUAUUCUGGCGAACUCAUACCAUGGAGAAAUGAUCUUCUAAACUAUUUUACUGAAAACAUGGUUGUAAAUAAUUUUUCUGAAGAGGAUUGUUUUGAAAAGUAUAAUUUACCCUUUACAAUUACUUUUUCUGAAUCUAUUUCGCAGUCAACAUCACUGUCACAUACCAUUGCUGGAGCUGACUUAGCAACUAAUAACACACUCAAUGAUUAUAAUAUUGUAGACAUUAACUGUCUUGAUACUAAAAAUAAAUCCUCUAAUAAUGUAGAUAGCCUAUCGAUAAAUCCUAAAAUUGCUUUGGGAGACAAUAAGUCAGACUAUAAAACUGGAAGAGUAGUAUGUAAUAAGAUUAUCACAAGUGAAUCGCAUUUCUCCAAUGUAAGAACAAUAGUGAUAGAAACUGAAUCACCAGUGUAUAAAACAGGAGAUGUAUUUUGUUGCCUUCCAACUGAUAACACUGUUGGAAAUAUGCUGAAAACGAUAAACCUGAACCCCAAUAUGAUCCUUAAGAUAAGUUAUAACCCAAACUUUAAUUCCUCAAAAUUCACAAUUCAAACGGUUUUGUCCGUUCACAAUGAGCAUAAGCUGAGGAUUGUUUCUAAAAUUUUUGGAAAUCCAAUAAGGAUAAUCCCAGAAAAUUCUGGUUUUGGAAGUGGAUCAAUAUCGUCUAGGAAGAUUGAAUUUGACAAGUUUAUUACGAUGGAAGAACUGUUCUCUAAGUAUUUGUGUCUAAGGAAUAUUUGCACACCUUUUCAAAUGCAUUUUAUGUCAAUGUACACAAAUAAUAAGCUUCACAAGGAAAAAUUGCAAGAAAUGGCAGGUGAUACGAUAGAGGGCUGCUUAGAGUACUACAGGUACUGCUGGCUUGAAAAAAGGUCCUUUUAUGACGUACUUUAUGACUUUCCGAGUGUUAAAUUACCCUUAGAAAUACUUAUUAACAUUUGCAACCCAUACUACUCAAGGCUUUAUUCAAUUUCUUCCAGUGAGGUUGACUUUGUCAAUAAGUUCCUUUACACAAUUCCUAGGUAUCCAAAAUCUUUCAAUUACUUUUCACUGAAGCAGUUCCUAGACCACAAGUACAAUCGCAGUAACAGGAUAGAGUUGUGCGUAGGAUCAGUAAAGUAUGUAACACCGUAUAAAAGACGCCUUGAAGGCUUAAAUUCAGCUUAUUUUUCAAAUCUGAUGGCUGAGGAUAAGGUUGAUUUUUUGAUAUAUAAGCCGUUGUUUUCAAAACUCAUUUCUAAUGUUGAAGUCCCAGUACUAUUUAUCGCAACAGGAACUGGAAUUACUGUCAUUAAGCCAUUCAUACAAUUUAGAGCAUUUAAACUGAAGGAAAUCUGGAAGAAUUAUGGAUAUGUUACGAAUGUCAAGGAUUUGGCGUUUAUUGGAUUCAGGAGACCGAACCAGGACCACUUGUACACUGAUUUUCACAUGUACAGGAGCUGGUGUAGGUUCAUUUUCGUGUACUCUAGAGCGUCAAAAACAAAGUUCUACGUCCAAGACUCAAUUCGACUAAACUCAUCAAUAGUUUAUCCUGUAUUGAGAGAUGGGUUGGUGCUGAUUGGAGGGAAGUCCCAUCCCAUGCCCUCCCAGGUUCUUGAGGCACUUUCAUUUGUUUUGGAGAAGGAGGCGGGUUUUGGAAGUGACGCUGCUAAAAGGUUCAUUGACGAUAGCAUUAAGGAAAAUAAAAUCAUAAUUGACUCUUGGGGAUAA